AUGGCAGCAGUGAUGUUUUACUGGUACAAGCAAACUCUGGGACAGAAACCAAAGCUGAUGUCUACAUUCUACAGACAUAACGAUUACGGCACUUUUAAUGAUGAGUUUAUCAACAAUCGACGUUUCUCAUUGGAUACUAAAAACCAGAAAUAUCACUUAAAGAUUUCAGAUCUGCAGAUUUCAGACUCAGCUACUUAUUACUGCGUAGGGAGCAAUCUGUAUGACUUUGAAUUUUGCAACGGAGCUACUGUCAGUGUAAAAGGUUCAGGUUUGAAUGUCCCAGCUUUGGUCCAUCAGUCAGCGUCUGAGACCAUCCGGCCAGGAGGCUCUGUGACUCUGAACUGUACAGUACACACUGGGAGCUGUGAUGAUGGAGAACACAGUGUUUACUGGUUCAAAUACUCUGAAGAGUCUCAUCCAGGACUCAUUUACAGCCAUGGAGGCAGGAAUGAUCAGUGUGAGAGGAAAGCCAACACACAAACACACACCUGUGUCUACAACCUGCCGAUGAAGAGCCUGAAUCGUUCACACAACGGGACCUACUACUGUGCUGUUGCCUCAUGUGGACACAUACUGUUUGGAGAUGGGGCCAAGCUGGACUUUGAACAUGAGGUGGACUCUCCUGUCUUGGUGUAUUUCUUGAGUGCAGCUUUGACAUUCACCACCAUCCUGGUUGUUAUACUGGCUCUGUUAGUGCACAAGAUGAAGCACAGAACCUGCCAAUGUACAGAGACCUCUGCUCCAAAUACAGCGUCAUGUCAAGAUGCAGACAACCUUCAUUACGCUGCUUUAAGGAAUCACAACGUCAACAGAUCAAGAAGACAGAGGGACAACACUGCGACUGAAUGUGUGUACUCCAGUGUAAAGCAAUAG